AUGGCGACUGAGACUUUCCUCGCCCGGCUGUGCGAACAGGCUGAGCGCUACGAUGAGAUGGUCACGUACAUGAAGGUCGCUGGUGAACUCACCGUUGACGAGCGCAACCUUCUGUCCGUCGCCUACAAGAACGUCGUUGGUACCCGACGCGCGUCAUGGCGCAUCAUUUCCUCGAUCGAGCAAAAGGAAGAGUCCAAGGGUACCGAGAAGCACGUUGGCACCAUCCGUGACUACCGCCAAAAGAUCGAGACCGAGCUUGAGCAGGUUUGCCAGGAUGUCCUCAACGUCCUCGACGACUCCCUCAUCCCCAAGGCCGAGUCCGGCGAGUCCAAGGUCUUCUACCACAAGAUGAAGGGAGACUACCACCGCUACCUAGCUGAAUUCGCUUCCGGUGAGAAGCGCAAGGUUGCCGCCACUGCUGCACACGAGGCCUACAAGACGGCCACCGAUGUUGCCCAGACUGAGCUCACACCCACGCACCCCAUCCGUCUCGGCCUUGCCCUGAACUUCUCGGUCUUCUACUACGAGAUCCUGAACUCGCCCGACCGUGCUUGCCACCUUGCCAAGCAGGCUUUCGACGACGCCAUUGCCGAGCUCGACUCGCUCUCUGAGGAGUCUUACCGUGACAGCACCCUCAUUAUGCAGCUUCUCCGUGACAACCUCACUCUCUGGACGUCAUCAGACGGCAACGAGGGCGAGGGUGCCGCUGUCGACGCGCCCAAGGACGAGGCCAAGCCCGCCGAGGACGCAGCAGCUGCAACCGAGGCCAAGCCCGCCGAGGACGCAGCAGCUGCAACCGAGGCCAAGCCUGAGGAAACACCUGCUGCUGCCGCUUAAGCGCACUCUUCCUGCUUCGACCUUGUAUAUCCUCAGCCGUCGUCAUCUGUUCUCGAAUAGACGAAGGAGGCCGGUAGCGAGCGUCCUACGGAGUUGUACGUGUUCUGUGUGAUUUCAAAAAUUGGCUUUGGCAGCAAGCGGUUCGGUACGGUCGAAUUCCCCCAUGACUGAAAUGUAUUUCCCUUUAAAUAUCCUGUAUCGCCAGCGCUAUCCUAUCGAGCACGCAGUGUGCUGACAUCUUGUGUCAAAACAACGAUUGCAGCACUUCUGAUGCCCUCUCUGCGAGGGCGAGGGCUGC